UUUUGCUGGCUCUUACGUUUUGUUCGUUGCCCCGAAACGGAAGGAAAAUUGCUUUUAUUCCCUGCGAAUCUGGAUCUGUGUUUCGUGUUGAACUCGAGUUUUUACUUCGUUUGUUAUCCUUUCCAUUUCACUUGGAUGUGCAAUUGGCCGCCGCUAAAAAUACGUACCAAUAACGAAACGCAAAAUACUAAAUUAGCUUGCUAGAACGCAAUUCGAAGGAGAGAGGAAACUACAAAAUUAUAGCAAGAAAAAAACAAACGACGAGGAGGCGUUGGAAUAAUAAAAAGAAGUUCUCUGUUCUUGUUGUGCGCCCCCCGUGUGUGUGAGUGUGUGUGUGUGGUGUGUCGGUGUCCGGAGACUGUGCAUUGGUGUGCGUGUGCGUAUUGCUGUCACUUUCUGGCGCGCACACACAAGAUAUAUAUACAUACACACAGAACUUUGAAAAAGCGGUGGCCACCACACGCCCCCUUUCCAGACCACCACCCCCCAUCCCGUUGUCUGGAUGUGUGCGCCCGGUUCCGGUGCCGUUUGGUUACCGUUACCGUUCCCGUGCCCGUGCAUCUGGAUCUGGAAGCAGUGUGCGUGCGAGUGAGAGGGCGCCAUUCGUCUAAGGAGCAGCCACAGGAGCAAGAGCAGGACAACAGAGGAGCUUGAGUUGCCGGUACCGUUACAGAUCAAAAACACACACAGCAAGUGGCGGCGGGAAGCAGGAGCACCGUUCCAGUAUUCCACACUAGGUGAUCAACAAACAAAAAACACAAAAAGGCAAGCAAAGGAGCCAGUGCGUCCACCAGUGGAAAGGCAGCAGCAGCAUCAGGAGCAGCAGGCGGAGGAGGAGGAGUAGGAGGAGGAGGAGGAGCAAACCCGGAAGUCCCAGGAAAACUCCCCCUGAGACCCUGAGAUGUUGCCAUUCACCCCGCAGGUGGUCAAGCGUUUGUUAGCACUCAAAAAGGGCAACGAGGACAACAGCGUCGAGGGCAAGUGGUCGGAGAAGGCCGUCAAGAAUCUGGUGAAGAAGAUCAAGAAGAAUUCGCAGCUGGAGGAGCUUGAGCGGGCCAUCUCGACACAAAACUGCCAGACGAGGUGCGUGACGGUGCCGCGCAGCAAGCCAGCUCCCGCCGGCGAGCAUCUGCGCAAGGGUCUGCCGCACGUCAUCUACUGUCGCCUCUGGCGCUGGCCGGAUCUCCAAUCCCAGAAUGAACUGAAGCCCCUCGACCACUGCGAGUACGCCUUCCAUCUGCGCAAGGAGGAGAUCUGCAUCAAUCCGUAUCACUACAAGAAGAUUGAGCUGUCCAUCCUGGUGCCCAAAUCGCUGCCCACGCCGCCCGACUCCAUUGUCGACUAUCCGCUGGAUAACCAUACGCACCAGAUACCGAACAAUACCGAUUAUAAUGCGGCGAUAAUUCGCAGCGCCUCGUUGAGUCCGCCGCAGUAUAUGGAAUUGGGCGGUGCCGGGCCCGUUUCCGUAUCAUCGUCCACCAGUUCGACGCCAGCGACCGCCACCGGUGGCGGUGGUCCCUCCUCCUCCUCGUCGUCAUCCUCGUCCGCCGCCUCCGCGUAUCAGCAGCAACAGCAGCAGCUGUCCUUUGGCCAAAACAUGGACUCGCAGUCGAGUGUGCUCAGUGUGGGCAGCAGCAUUCCCAACACCGGCACCCCGCCGCCCGGCUAUAUGAGCGAGGAUGGUGACCCCAUCGAUCCCAACGACAACAUGAACAUGUCGCGUCUAACGCCCCCCGCCGAUGCAGCCCCCGUGAUGUACCACGAGCCGGCCUUCUGGUGUUCCAUCUCCUAUUACGAGCUGAACACGCGCGUCGGCGAGACCUUUCACGCCUCGCAGCCCUCGAUCACGGUGGAUGGCUUUACCGAUCCUUCCAAUUCGGAGCGCUUCUGCCUCGGCCUGCUGUCCAAUGUGAAUCGCAACGAGGUCGUCGAGCAGACGCGCCGUCACAUUGGCAAGGGCGUCCGGCUGUACUAUAUUGGUGGCGAGGUGUUCGCCGAAUGCCUGAGCGACUCGUCCAUCUUUGUACAGAGCCCGAAUUGCAACCAGCGAUACGGCUGGCAUCCGGCCACCGUGUGUAAGAUACCGCCCGGCUGCAAUCUGAAGAUCUUCAAUAACCAGGAGUUCGCCGCCCUGCUGUCACAGUCCGUGUCGCAGGGAUUCGAGGCCGUCUACCAGUUGACGCGCAUGUGCACCAUCCGCAUGUCGUUCGUCAAGGGCUGGGGUGCCGAAUAUCGCCGCCAGACGGUCACCUCGACGCCCUGCUGGAUCGAACUGCAUCUGAACGGGCCGCUCCAGUGGCUGGAUCGUGUGCUCACGCAGAUGGGCUCGCCGCGGCUGCCGUGCAGCUCCAUGUCGUAAGCGCAUCGGCCGGUUCCGGUUUUCAAUUUUCCCCUCCCCAAGUUGCCCGCUCAAAAAAGCGCCGGAGUUUAAGGCCCAUUUGGAGCUGAAACAAGAAACCUAGAAAGCCCAGUACGGCGCUGACAAGUAACACUGAUGAACUGAAUAAGAAGAAGGUGUACUAUCCUCAAGAAUUUGCGUUAGUAAAUAUAUCCUUGAAUAUCGUUUUUCGGUACUAAUCGAAUGCAAUUUUGAUUAGAAUUAAGAUAUAUUUACAUCCGCAAGUUCUAGAUGAAAUUGGUAUACGAUCGAGAACCUUUCGUUCGAUUUUUAAUUAAAAUCCCUAAGCACAUAGGCAGUGAAAAUUGUAAUACGCCUGCAGGGGUAUUAGGUUGCACAUUUUUGAUCACUAGCUUUAGAAAAAAGUUAAAUUGAAUUGCCAAAAAACAAUCGAACAAAAGCCGGGCAUAUAUGGCAUAUGCCGUACUAUCCUUAAACUAUGUAUGUUAUCAAGAAAUUCCCUAAAUGGCUUGUAGAAACCCUAAAAUGCAUACUAUACCUUGCUGUUAAAUGUAAAUCAAUUAGCCCGCUUCAUCAGUGUUGCCGGUCAGAACCUCCAUGGGAAUGCAAAAUGAGAAUCGGAAUUGGUUUCAAAGAGAAAACCAAGAAAAAUUCUGAGAGCACAUAUGAAAUAAGUUCAGGCAAAUUAUAUACGAGUACGUACUUGAGUAAUUGAAAACAAAUGGUAGAUGCAAAACCAGAUACAGAUAGAGGAUAUAUCUAUAUACAAAGAGCACACACUUACAUGUGGGAUAUAUAUCUUUACAAGCAUAUAUGAGAGAGAAACAUGUAUUUGGCGUUACAAGUUUAGGACUAUAUAUUGUGUAGGUGGAAACAGUGGAGAGUUACAGUUUUCGAUAAGAAGCAACAAUUUUUUUAAAAAUUUUACACACAAAAAAAAGAGGAAAUAACCGAAAUGGAACCGACCAGGAACACACAAAAACCGAAAGAUACCCCGAAUCUGUGUGCGUAGAGUUGGUAGCGCUAGAAGCGAGAGAGUCAAAAUUCUUUGAGAAAGAAGCAAAACAAUUAUAUCGGUGAUUUGGAACAGAAGAAAGGAUGAGCAAAACAGGAACUGGGAUUUAUCAAGCUUGAAGCUUACACACACAGACAAAAAACACACACACACUCUACCAUACAUUGCAAAUGUACAUAAGACCAAAUAAUUGAAAUUAUUCACGCAGGACCUCCACUUGAUCGAGUAUGGGAUUAUUAAUAUAUCCGUUUGAUGAUGGUUGUUAAACGUUUCGAUUUUCGCUUAGUACGUGUGUGUUAAAAAUUCGUCAAAACUCUUAAAACGCAGUCAGCUCUUGUUAGUCGUAAUAUCCGUAAAAUGCGAUCAUAUAUCCUAUAUGUAAAGCACUUGCCCAACAAAAUUUGAAUGCCGCAAAUCAAGUCAGGCCCAUUUGAGGUCCCAUUUUGUUCAGAAAUGCAUUUAUUGUGUACCAAAACGAGAGAUUCUUAUUUCUUUAUCACCCUCGGGAUUCGAACCGGUAGCUCAACCAAUAUGCAAUAUGGUUUGCCGGUGUUGGCCGGAUUUUGCUUGGCAAGUGCGCGUUUUUUUUGGGUCUAGAUCUUAAGUCUAUAUAUGUAACGAAAUUCGCUAGCUUAUCUUAACAUUUUUAAGAGCCUCAACCAGUUUAUGUUCGAGUUCAAUUUGUUUCUACUUCAACAUUUUGCGGAUUCUUUUAAUUUUUUUUUUGUCCUUCGCUUCGCUGUUACAACCAAAAAUAACUGUACCGCCCGGCCAGUGUUGAACAGUGCACAGUACGCGGCAGCCAGUGUUGGCUAGCGCUCUUGCCCUCUGACUACGGCGUGACUUUAAUUUAAGUUUUGUCUAUUGUUUUCCCCCUUUGUUGCUUUUAAGUUUCUCACGUAGUUUUUGUGUGCAGACACUUGAUCCUGAUUGGCAAUCAAUCGAAUAAACGAUCGCGAACGAGAUAUUGUUUUGUUAAUUGGCUCUAAUUACGGUUUUGAACCACCCUACACCCUGGUCUUGAAUUAAUCAAUUGUUUUUUGUAUUUCCGGCUAAACCCGCUAAUAAUGUAAUGUAAUCUUUAAGUUAUGCCUAACGAAACAAAGCAAAGAAGGCGAACAAUGCAGCAACAGUCAACAGUCUUCGGACCCCGAUCGCCAGGAUCGUGAACACAACCACAGAACCAGCAACCCCGUACCCGUAACUUUAUAAAGUAUAAAUACAAAUAUAUACAUAUAUCUAAUAUGCAAGCAUGCAGAUAAAGACAAA